GGCUGCUACAAUUUGUGGUUACAGCUUUACACGUCAGAAAAAAAAAAGUUUGCAGAAUGUCCCACACCGAAAAAAAAAAUGCGAAACCGAGAGAAAAAAACCUGCGAGUGGGCCUGGCGGAUGGGAUUAUUAAAGCUUCGCCGGAGCCGCGGCUCGCCCUCCCACUCCGCCAGCCUCUGGGAGAGGAGCCGCGCCCGGCCGGCCCGGCCCCCAGCCCCAUGGACCUCCGAGCAGGGGACUCGUGGGGGAUGUUAGCUUGCCUGUGCACGGUGCUGUGGCACCUCCCUGCAGUGCCAGCUCUUAAUCGCACAGGAGAUCCAGGGCCUGGCCCCUCCAUCCAGAAAACUUAUGACCUCACCCGCUACCUGGAGCACCAACUCCGCAGCUUGGCUGGGACCUAUCUGAACUACCUGGGGCCCCCUUUCAAUGAGCCUGACUUCAAUCCUCCUCGGUUGGGGGCAGAGACCCUGCCCAGGGCCACUGUCAACUUGGAAGUGUGGCGAAGCCUCAAUGACAAACUGCGGCUGACCCAGAACUAUGAGGCCUACAGCCACCUUCUGUGUUACUUGCGUGGCCUCAACCGUCAAGCUGCCACAGCCGAACUACGACGCAGUCUGGCCCAUUUCUGUACCAGUCUCCAGGGCCUGCUGGGCAGCAUUGCAGGUGUCAUGGCAGCUCUCGGCUACCCACUGCCCCAGCCUCUGCCAGGGACUGAGCCAGCCUGGGCCCCUGGCCCUGCCCACAGUGACUUCCUCCAGAAGAUGGAUGACUUCUGGCUGCUGAAGGAGCUGCAGACCUGGCUGUGGCGUUCAGCCAAGGACUUCAACCGGCUUAAGAAGAAGAUGCAGCCCCCAGCAGCUUCAGUCACCCUGCACUUGGAGGCCCAUGGCUUCUGAUCUUUGACUCUUAACUGUCCCCAACCCCCUACCCCAGUCGGCUGUGCUUCCACUCUGGGGUGGGAAAAAACCUGUAUACCAACAUUUGUUGAGCCAGGAAACAAACAGUGGGAACUCUGUCCUCCUCUGCCUUAGAUGGGGAGUAUAACUCCAUAAGCCCUGUCCCCUGACUAGGUCCUAGAGUCCUAGGGUCUGGAGAAAUGGUGAAAUGGGCACCAUACUGUUUUCACAGAGUUAACACUUGAGGGAGUCAAAUGGCUCAGGUGGGUAUAAAGGUGCUCUCUGCCUCCCGCUUUCUGCUCGACACUUGCCAGUGCCCACUCGGUUCCUCAUGUGGCACUUGCAGAAGCACACCUGGAGGGCAUGGGUGGGGGCCACUGUAGCAUGUGCCUUUCUGGGGUAAAGCCCCUUGGCUUCCCUCCCUCUCCUUGGAUGGGUGUUGCUCCCCUACCCCAAUAAAUACAUAUCCAGUUCAGGAAACAAGGUAACCAGUCUAAAGAAGGGUGUGAUGGAGAGUGGAGGGGUAGGUCUGUACCAGAGAUGGCCUAGAAACCAGAAGAUGGAAUACUAGGAGAGAAGGGCAGGGACAGACCAGACCCAGCUGUUGCCAAGACAACUGGUGGCACAGGGCAGAAAACAAAAGCCAUGUUGAGCAUCAGGACCUUGCCUUGAAUUUUCUUGCCGGCAUCACGGUGCCUCCUUUCUGUCCCCUUUCCCAGGGUAUCUGUGGUUGCCUGGGCUGGGGAGGGCAGCCAUAGCCACAGCCACAGGGUUUCCUGAAAGUUUACAUUGCAGUAGCAUUGUGGGGUGAGGGGGAUGGCUCCCCCAGGCCCUAUUCCCCAGCCCCACCCACUCAUGACUCUUAAGUUUGUUGUAUUAAUAUUUAUUUAUUUGGAGAUGUUAUUUAUUAGAUGAUAUUUAUUGCAGAAUUUCUAUUCUUGUAUUAACAAAUAAAAUGCUUUCCCCAGAA